AUGACGACACCGUCAACACGAAGAGAGCAUCCCAGAAUCACAGGCGCUCCGGACUAUGAUGAGGCCGCAUACUGGGACGUUAAAUUCGCGACUGGAAAAGAUGUCGGAGAAUGGCUGAACUCGGGUGAAAUCCUGAUCGAGACUACCCUGUCCGAAUUGGAGCGUCGUCCUCAACCCCAUGCCAUCCCGCGUGCUUUGCAUAUUGGUCCAGGCAUCUCCAAGCUGGGCAUUAGAUUAUGUGAGGCCUUUCAUAAGCGGAAAUGGCCGGGAAGUUGCAUUGUGAAUGUGGAUUUCUCAGCAGAAGCUGUCCGCCUCGGCCAGGAACUUGAGAGUCGCAAGAACGCAGACCAGGCAAUGCAUUGGCUUCAAAUUGACCUGAGAUCGUGGAGCGACGUUGCUAAGUUGGCACGCUAUGCGCCGUUUGAUGUUCUCGUCGAUAAAAGCACGAGCGAUGCCAUUGCGACGUCGCCAUCUGUGAGCCUCUUAACUGAAUCCGAUACAUCAUCAAUCUGCCCGACCAUAAGCGAGGUCUUGAACGAGACUGGAGAACUCACGGUAUCUCCAGUGGAGCUGUUGGCUUUGCACCUUGUCCCGCUGACGCAGAAGGGCAGUACCUGGGUUGCGCUUUCAUAUUCAAACAUUCGCUUUGACAAUCUCGGUUAUGCUGGGAAAUAUUGGACCAUCGUGUCACACACCUCUAUAAAAGCACCACAAGGCCAGACGUUCUCUUUUGCACACAGCCCUGAAGUCUUUCAUUGGGCUUAUGUCCUCCGGCGGAACUAA